AUGUAUUGGAAAGAUGUGUAUGGCACUGAUCGAGAAUCACUGCGAAAUCAGUAUAUAGGAUCGCUUGAAGUAUCAAAUGGUCGGUGUGUAGUUUAUCCCAAUCGAUACCAACACAAAGAGCAAUCAUUUGAACUUGCAGAUCCAACUCAACCAGGACACUGCAAGAUUCUGACAUUUUUUGUAGUGAAUCCAGUCUGUCGGAUUGUUUCGACUGCGCAUGUGGCUCCACAACAACCACAAUGGUACAACUCGAGUCUUGACAAGACACCCAUACUGCCUGAACUGUGGAAUGAUAUCACGCAGUAUAUUCAAGGUGUUCAAUCACCAGCUAAAGCCAAACACUAUCGAGAUGAAUUGGCAAGUGACCGAACUCGAAUCACAGCGGCAUACAACAAAUACAGAUAUGAACAGAAGUAUAAUCUUGGUCUUUGGUGA